AUGAAUCAACAAUUAAUUGACUCGACUGUCGAAGAAAAAAGAUUACAUCAGAACAAGAAUCACGAGAAGUUUUGGUAUAGAUGGGGUCCCUAUUUAAGUGAAAGAAGUUGGGCUACUGUUCGUGAAGAUUACUCCUUUAAUGGUGACGCCUGGACUAACUUCCCCUUCGAACAUGCUAACGCUAGAGUCUUCAGAUGGGGUGAAGAUGGUAUCUUCGGUGUCUCGGACAAUAAACAAUUGGUCUGUAUGAAUGUUGCUUUAUGGAAUGGGAAAGAUGAAAGGUUAAAAGAAAGAAUGUUUGGGUUAACAGGUCCUCAGGGGAAUCACGGUGAAGAUGUCAAAGAAUUAUAUUAUUAUUUGGAUAAUUUACCUUCUCAUGCUUAUAUGAAGGCUCUUUACAAAUAUCCUUUCAAGAAACCUUUCCCAUACAAAGAAUUGGUAGAAGAAAAUGGGAGACGUGGUUAUGAAGAUCUAGAGUAUGAAAUUUAUGAUAUAGAUGGUCUAUUCAAGGAUUCAAAAACUGGUGACAGUCCUUAUUACGAUGUCUUUUUUGAAAUGGCUAAAGAUGAUGAAAAUUCUGAUGAAUUGAAUUUUAGGAUCACAGUACAUAACAGAAGUGAGAAAGAUACCGGCGAACUAUAUAUUAUGCCUCAAAUAUUUUUCAGAAAUACUUGGGCUUUUGAAAGUACUAAUAAAUGUGUGAAACCUGUUCUCGAAAAGGAUUCAGAGGAUUCAAAUUUAAUUCACGUUAAGCAUCCAAAAUUCGGAGAAACUCAAAUUGUUUUUCAGCCAUCUCCAGGUGGUUUCGGAGAGGACGAUGCGGAUGAAGCUGAAGAUAUUGACCCCGAAUUGCUAUUUACUGAAAAUGAAAGUAAUUUAGUUAAAUUAUUUAAAGAAAAAGAAAAUCCAUCAAAAUACACUAAGGAUGCCUUUGAAGAAUAUUUGGUCAACGGCGAUAAGAAAGCGGUCAAUCCAGAAAAUGUGGGUACUAAAGCUGGCGCUUGUUAUCAUUUCAAAAAUAUUCCUCCUGGUGAAUAUGUUACUGUAAGAUAUAAGUUUACUGAUGAUUUCAAGAAUAAGAUUUAUCAUGUCCCUGGAAUGGCAGUGGUUGAUGAAGAUGAAUUUGAUCAAACUUUUGAUAGACGUGAAGAAGAAGCCGACAACUUCUACUGGAGGAUUAAUCCUUUACCAGUGAGUGAAGAAUUGAGAUUGAUUCAAAGACAAGCAAUGGCAGGUCUUUUAUGGACGAAACAAUUCUAUAACUUUGUCUGGAGAGAAUGGUAUAACGGUGACAGGAACGCUAAGGUUAAACCGCCUCCAAAUAGAGCUAAUGGUAGAAACAAAAAAUGGCAACAUAUGUAUAUCGAAGAUAUUCUUUCAAUGCCUGAUAAAUGGGAAUAUCCAUUUUUUGCCUCUUGGGAUUCUGCUUUUCAUUGUAUCCCAUUAGCUAUGAUUGAUCCAGAAUUUGCUAAAAAGCAAUUGGAUUUAUUAACCAGAGAAUGGUAUAUGCAUCCAAAUGGUCAAAUUCCUGCAUAUGAAUGGAAUUUUAAUGAUGUUAAUCCUCCAGUUCAUGCAUGGGCAACAUAUCGUGUAUUCAAAAUCGAAAGAAACUUGUAUGGUCGUGAAGAUCGUCCUUUCUUGGAAUCUGUUUUCCAAAAAUUACUCCUGAAUUUCACUUGGUGGGUCAAUCGUAAAGAUGGUAACGAUAACAAUGUCUUCGAAGGUGGUUUCUUAGGUUUAGAUAAUAUCGGUGUUUUCAAUAGAUCAGAACCUUUACCAACUGGUGGUACUUUAGAACAAGCAGAUUCUACCGGGUGGAUGGCUUUCUUCUCUUUACAGAUGCUAAAUAUGGCAUUAGAACUGGCAAAGGAAAACCCAGUUUAUGAAUCUAUUGCCUCUAAGUUCUUUGAACAUUUCAUUUUAAUUAGUGAUUCGAUGUCAUUUGAAUAUACUGUGGAAGGUGAUGAGAAGGGUUGCGUUGAUUUCAUUAAGCAAAAUUUGUGGAACGAAAAAGAUCAAUUCUAUUAUGACGCUAUUUCUUGGGGUGACGAUAAUAAACAGCAAUUACCAAUUAGAUCUCUAGUUGGUUUAAUCCCAUUGUAUGCUGCCAUGACUCUAGAACCUGGUAUUAUUAAUCGUUUCCCAUCUUUCAAGAAAAGAGUUGAUUGGUUUGUUGAAAAUAGACCAGAAAUAUUUGGUAGAAAUAUUGCAUCGAUGUCAAAGAGAGGUGUUGGUGAAAGAUUGUUAUUAUCUUUGGUGACAAAGGAAAGAUUACAAGCUAUUUUAACAAGAAUGCUAGAUGAAAAUGAAUUCUUCUCCGAUUAUGGUAUUCGUUCCUUGUCCAAAUUUCAUGAAAAACACCCAUUUACAAUGGAAGUUCACAACUCUGAAUAUGAAGUUAGUUAUUUACCUGCAGAAUCAAAUUCUGGUAUGUUUGGUGGUAAUUCUAAUUGGAGAGGCCCAAUUUGGUUCCCAACAUCGUUCUUACUUAUUGAAUCAUUACAAAGAUUUUACCUUUACUAUGGAUCUGAUUUUAAAGUUGAAUGUCCAGUUGGUUCUGGUGAGUACUUGAAUCUUGUUGAGGUUGCCGAAGAAAUCGCUUAUCGUAUGAUCUCGAUGUUUAUUAAGGAUGAAAAUGGUGAGCGUGCUAUCUACUAUGGUGAACAUUCCGACCUGUUGUCGAAUGAUAAAAAUUUCAAGGAUUAUAUAUCCUUCUAUGAAUAUUUUGAUGGUGAUACUGGUAGAGGGUUAGGUGCCUCUCAUCAAUGUGGUUGGACUGCUGUUGUCGCUAAAUUGAUUAAUGAUGUCGGUUUAUCAUGCGCUAGGUUGCCACGUACUCCAAGAUCAUCUGUCUCAUUGUCAUCCGCCACAUCUCCAUCCUUAACCGAAUCUCCAAUAGUAGAUGGUAACCAAAGCAGAAGAUGGGCAAGACGUAAGAGUGCUAAAUCAUUGGUUAAUUUUACCGCUAAUAUUCUGGAAUUGUCAGAAGAGGAAAAGAGAACACACAGGAUCGGUGGUACCAAGACUGGUCUAACACCAAGGAAUAGUAUUUCUAGCGAUCUUGCUAAAGAAUUGAUAGAUAGACAAAACGAAGAAGAAAAAUUACUAGAUGUACAUUCUUCCGAUGAAGAAGAACAUUUAGAAAUUAAGUCCAAUUUGGUUAAUAAUUUAAAGAAUGAAAUAGGUGACAUUUCGUUGGAAGAUAGAACUAUAUCUUAUGAAAAUAUUGAUGAUUCUGCUUACGAUAGCGACGGUAAAGAUCCAAUGACAAAAUAG